CAAACAGCAUGCACAGGACGCGAACACUACGUCAUGCAAUCCGCGUCGUCGGCGACUUGACCAAGGUUCCUCUGGGCGUCCUUCCUGAGGAGGGCGUGACGGCGUCCAUCGACCAUGUCUUUCAUGCUGCCGACGUCGAGACGUUUGCAGCCUUGUCGGGCGACUCGAACCCAUUGCAUGUGGACGCAGCGUUUGCCGCCACAACGACAUUUGGAAAACCUGUCGUUCAUGGGAUCCUAUGCACCAGUCUCUUCCCCACGAUCUUCGGCGCGACAUUUCCUGGCGCCAUCUACGUCGCGCAAGAUGUGCGAUACCACAAACCCAUCCAUGUAGGGGACCUUGUCCAUGCCGAGAUUGAAGUGCUGCAAGUGAAAGCGCGCAUGCGGCUGGUAGUGUGCGCCACGCGAUGUCUGGACCGCCACGGCGACGUCGCCAUUUCCGGUCAAGCCAAGGUGUUGCUGCCGAAACCAACGCUUUCGGCCGAUACUGGUACACCCACCACCACCAGUGCAGUGUAAUGUGAACAUCCACCGCAAAAGUCCAUAUAAUGUUACGCCCACAUGUCGCUCUGGCAUAUUCGUGGGUAGAGCCACCCACAUGACAACAAAGCAAUGCAUGAUACAG